GUUGGCCAGGAGCGUGCUAUGCGGUGAAGUUCAUUUUUAAGAGUGUACUCUGACAUAGCAUGAGUUUGAGUACACAUGUGUGUUUGAACUUGACGCGCCGGCGCACACUAUGCUGGUCUGACCGAGGCUGUCUCUUCAAGUUUUUUGCUUCUUUGAACUUUCCUCUUCCCAUCUUCGUCGUGUCAUUUCCCUGAGAAGUCGUUGUGAUUUCACACAAGAUUUUAGAACACGAACAUCUCCAACGUGUGGGAGUCUGGCACCAUGUUUGCUUUUCUUCUCAUAGUUCCCCCUUUCGCGAUUCCGUGUAUUCGCAGGAGCGACACCCCCACGGAAUAUUCUAGUGGAAGAAACAGCGAAAAACUGCUCACAGGGCGCAAGUUCCGCUGCGGCUUCUGUUCUGCAUUCGCACGACUCAGGAAUAUCGGGACUGACAUACUGCGCCUGCGCAUAUAGCAGACUUACACCAUCGACCAUCCCCGGAUCCCCAGGAACAGCCGCAGCGGAGCCGUCGCGAUGUCAAAGUCCGCCUGGCAUGGUGAAGCUCCCUGCACGGUUUCAAGUUCUCGCACAGUGGAUUAACUGUCGCAUUCGUUCACACCUUCGGUGAACUUGCACAAGAUCGCCAGCAACAGACUUCUGUAUUAUACUUCGAGAAUUUUGCAAAAGAGAUGUCAAAGAACAACCUGCGCACCAACGCCAGCGUUGAACAAGGCGCACUGCCAUCACUUAGCAGACGAGCUCUGAACCUACUGGAAAAGAGAACGUACGUGGACGUCGAGUUCAUAGUAGGUCCUGAAGAGGGCGAGAGUGGUGAAACCAAGUUCUUCGAAGCACACAAAUUGAUCUUGGCAAUGAACAGCGAGGCCUUCGAAGCCAUGUUCUACGGUGACCUCGCAGAACAGGGUAGGGUACGCGUCGUUGACUUGGAUGCUGUUGGAUUCGAGUACUUCCUCAGGUACCUCUACAGCGAACGCUUAGAAGUAACAACGAUCCUAGAAGCUCUGCAGACGAGGCUUGCCGCAGAAAAGUACUUGGUGUCUCACCUCGUAACCAUGUGCACCGACUACAUCGGCAAAGAACUCAGCCCCAAGAACGUCUGCAAAGCGAAGGAAGACCUGGCCCUCUUUCACGAGAACAGAUUCGACGACAAGAUCGAAGAAAUAAUCAAAGAGAAGACGAAAGACGUUCUAGAGUCUGAAGCCUUCAUAGAAGCAUCAGAAGACACCGUUCAUACUAUCUUGCGCAUGAAUACACUUACCGUUUCAGAGGACGAUUUGAUGUGUGCGCUGUACGCCUGGGCACGUGCUAAGUGUUCGAAAACAAUGAGCAGUGCAACCGGUGAAGAUGUGCGGACAGCUCUUGAGCCAUUCUUGAAACAGGUUCGGUUCUUGGCCAUGACAACUGAACGGUUCGUCGAAGGGCCGGUAACAUGGCGGAUAUUCUCGUCCGACGAAGCAUUAAGCAUAUUGGCAAACCUGGUCGUGCCGAAAUCGAUGAAACUGCCAGCUUUCUGCACGCAAAAUGCGUCACCCCGUGUGUAGAUGUUUCGAAGGACAUGAAGGUUCCAUGUGGACCACUAUCUUAGAGCCACAGAGGAUUUUCCCGUAACAUUUCCUAGAUAGUGUCACAAGAGUUGAUACAUACUAAACUUUGAACAAGAAAAUUGAAGGAACAA